ACUUUAUUUUGAAGGCUUCAAACCGGCAGUGGGUUCUCUUCCGGUCGGGUCGUCUCUUCCGCUUAGAGAACAACAUCCGCGCGGUGCGGCUCGUCGUCGUGUUUCCAGCUGCUGCGUGCUGCGUGCUCCGGUGCGGCCCGGUCCGGUCCGGUCCGGUUCGGCAGGAUGAACACGGUUCUGUCCAGAGCGAACUCUCUGUUCGCCUUCUCGCUCAGCGUCAUGGCGGCGCUCACGUUCGGCUGCUUCAUCACCACCGCCUUCAAGGACCGGAGGGUCCCGGUGGACAUCCGGGUCUCCAAAGUCAUGCUGAAGAACGUGGACGACUUCACGGGACCCCGGGAGCGCAGCGACCUGGGCUUCGUGACCUUUGACCUGUCGGCCGAUCUGCAGCCCGUCUUCGACUGGAACGUCAAGCAGCUGUUCCUCUACCUGUCGGCCGAGUACGCCACCAGGACCAACUCUUUAAACCAGGUGGUUCUCUGGGAUAAAAUCGUUCUCCGAGGUGAAAACACCAAACUGAACCUGAGAGACAUGAAGUCCAAAUACUUCUUCUUCGAUGACGGGAACGGACUCAGAGCCAAUAAGAACAUCACCCUCUCGCUGUCCUGGAACGUCGUUCCCAACGCUGGAAUUCUGCCCCUGGUGGCAGGAAGUGGACAUGUCAGCCUGCCUUUCCCUGACGCCUACGAGACGGCCAAGAGCUACUAGACACACACACACACACACACACACACACACACACACACACACACACACACACACACACACACACACACACACACACA